GAGUAUAGGUAUUUUGUACCUCAGGGUCUUUCCAUGACCCAACGAAUCGUGCGUUACAAAGAGAAAAAUAUUAAUUAAAAGUAAUAUGUUAUUAUUUAAAAAAAAAUGCUAGAGGAAGAAAAGAAGAUUGCUGAAAGACAAAUAUUUCAAAAACUGUAGUUGUAAUUAGAGACGUCUUUGCAGAAAACGCCAAAAUAAGGGGGCAUGAAGAUAUAUAUUUAAGACCAGAUCUGAAACUAAUUGUGAAGCGUGCAAGAUAUUAAUGCUUUGAAAUCUUAAGCUCGUAACGAGAAAUCGCUGCUUCCGCAGGUGUCCAGAAAAGAGACAAUGCUAUAUCAUUAAUAACAAUUUUUAUUCGAAUUUAUUGGUAAGUUAUUACUUUGUACGUAAUUGCACGUAUUUUCUAGUUUCCUUCUUUGAUAACCACCCUUGCUCGCACCUCUCCUUUCUUUUUUUUCUUUUUUACUUCUGAUUUGGUUGAAAUUGUGGGCUGGUGAUUAAAUUCCUUACAUUUUUUUUUUACUAAAGUAAUCAUGAAGGUAAAAUUAAAGCCACAAUCUAAAAAUUUUCUUGCUUAUCCCAGGAAGUAUGAUAACAGGUAUUUGGUCUUUUGAAUUCCAGAAAGAGUCGAAGGUAUUGUUUGAGGUAUUUUUACUUGCUCUAAUUUUCCAGGUCAAAUACAAUGCUAAAGGUUCUAUGUAGUUUUUUCCUCUGAUAUCGAUGAAAUCUAGUAUUUAGUAAGUACCCGGAGAGCUAGUAAGUAUUUUUCAUCUUGACCUAAUUUUGAGGGUCACAGGUCACUUUACAGGUUGCUUCUUUUUUAUCUUGAUUGAAAAUGAGAGAUGAAAACUUAGAUGUUGGUGGUUUAUCAGAAUAUUUUUUUUCUACCUUGAACUACUUUCAAUUGGACAAAAGUUUUUGCCUUUUAAAUUUAAUUCUUAUCUGAUGUUCAGAAAAGUUGUUUGAUAGGCAUAAUGGAGAGUGAUUAUUUUAUCUGAAUAUUUUUGAGCUUAACUCUUUUUUUUUCCUAUAUCGGAAGUCUAUUUGAAGAUUAACAUUUCAUUUUUUCUGAGCUUUAUAAUAAUUAUUUUUUACAUAACUUGGGACUUAGCAAUAUUUUCGCCCAGUAAUUCUGACUUUGACUUUUCAAGGUCACUAGUUGAUUGGAAGUCCAUAACCAAUUUUGUGCUGCAGUGAUUGAUUAUAUAUAUAGGUGGAGAUGCAUGGUGUAAAACUAGUGCCUUCUAGUCAUAUGAUCUAUUGCAUAUAAAAGCUAAUUAUUAUUACUAUUAUUAUUUUUUCUAUCGCAGUCAUCCUAUUCGACUGGGAGGUUUUUAUAGUGUGGGGUCCCGGUUUGCAUCCUGUCUCCUCAAGAGUCCACAACUUUUCUCACUAUGUGCGCUGUUUUUAGUAGCACACACUUCUGCAUGAGUCCUGGAGCUACUUCAGCGUCUAGUUUUUCCAGGUUCCUUUUCAGGGAUCUUGGGAUUGUGCCUAGUGUUCCAAUGAUUAUGGGUACAAUUUCCACUGGCAUAUCCCAUAUCCUUCUUAUUUCUAUUUUCAGGUCUUGAUACUUAUUAAUUUUUUCUUUUUCUUUCUCAUCUACUCUGGUGUCCCAUGGUAUUGCGACAUCAAUGAGUGAUACUGACUUCUUAAUUUUGGCAAUCAACGUCACGUCUGGUUUUUUGGCACAUAUCACCCUAUCUGUUCUGAUACCAUAGUCCCAGAGGAUCUUUGCCUAAUCGUUUUCUGUCAAUCUCUCAUGUUGGUGUUAGUACCAGUUAUUACUCCAAGCUAGCUGGUGUUUCUUACACAGCCUUCCAUGGAGGGCUUUUGCUACUGAAUCAAGACUUUUUGUACUGGUUCUGUGCAAGUGCUGGACAUUCGCUUGCUAUGUGGUUUAGGGUCUCGUUUUCCAUACUGCACUUCCUACAUAUGGGCGAGAUGUUAUUUCUAUCUAUCGUUCUUUGAACAUUUCUGGUUUUUAGUGCCUGAUCUUGUGCCGCCGUUGUAUUCCCUCUUUUUCCUUCUUGAGUUCUCCCCUCUGUAGCCACUGCCAUGUUUCAUAGCUUGCCAGUUCUUUAGUCUGUCUCAUGUACCGUCUGUGCAUUGGUUUGUUGUGCCAUUCCUCUGUUCUGUUUGUUUUUCUCCUGUCUCUGUAUAUUUCUGGGUCCUCGUCUAGUUUUAUCAGUCCUUCUUCGGAUGCGCUCCAUAGCCACUCGUCUUCACUGGUUUUCAGAUAUUGCUCUCGAUGUUGAAGUCCUCUAAGCUUAGUAGCCCUCUCCCUCCUUCCUUUCGUGUUGUGUAUAGUCUGCAUUUGCUCUAGGGUGUAGUGCUUGGUGUAUUGUCAUGUGUUUCCUAGUUUUCGGGUCUAUGCUGUGGAGUUCAGCCUUGGCCCACUCCACAACUCCUGAGCUGUAUCUGAUUACGGGUCCACUACUCCUGCGCUGUAUCUGAUUACUCGAUUAUUGUUAUUGCUAUUAUUAUUUAAAGUUAAGGAAACUGGAACAGCUUCAAAUGUGGAUGAAAAUCGAGUCUAACCUUCCGAAGAGAUUUCAGCCUUAAGUCGUGAGAAUGCGAGAAAAUUGUAAGGAGAAAAAGAGGUAUAAAGGGAGAGGAAGAGUUUGAGGGAGGCGUCCCAGAAGUCGGGUCAGGCUCAUCAUGAUGGUGAGCACUAGGUUAUGCACAAGCCCCACAAUAAUUGCAUUCAUGUGACCAGGGACCAGCAAGGUGUUAUGCUAUCUACCAGUCAAUUUACUUAAAUGAAUGAAUAUCCUUAGGAGUACAAUGAGGGACUGGCGUUAGAUUAGAAAUGCAAGAACAACAACACUUCUCAAAAUUCCUAUAUUGCUACUUGUCCUAAAGGAUAAAACUCAGCAGGAUCGAACGGUUACUUUUGUGAAAAAAGAAUAAGAAAAAUCAACGAAAAUCACAUCCAACAUUUUCGCGUUCGUGCCUAGGCAAAAUUUAUGGAAACUGACAGUUGCUAAGGGCUACCCAAUGGAUAAAUGUAUCAAUACUCUUAAGCAUUUGCUAAUGACGUAAAGGAAUAUUAAGUCAAGUCUAAGUGACUUUCGCCAAAAGGACAAGCUCAGUCGUGAAUAUGUUAAGCUGGCGGUAGAUCCCAAGUCUGUCUUGGCAGGAGGUACAGUGCCCACAGCUCCACCUGUCCCGGUUAGUGACGCCAUUGAAGGGGAACUAGACAGCCUGCGGCAAUUACUGGUUUCCUCUCAUAUGGGUAGUUCCACGUUGGCCGAGUGCAUUUCGCGUUCGGCUACCAAUCUGGUGGUCCGAAGUUCGAUUCUCGGCUCGGCCAACGCGGAACCAGAGGAAUUUAUUUCCGGUGAUAGAAUUAAUUUCUCGAUACAAUGUGGUUCGAAUCCCAUAAUAAGCUGUAGGUCCCAUUGCUAGGUAACCAAUUGGUUCCUAGACACGUAAAAAUAUCUAAUCCUUAGGGCCAGCCCUAGGAGAGCUGUUAAUCAGCUCAGUGGUCUGGUAAAACUAAGAUAUACUUAACUCUCAAAAGCAUCAGCGUAAUGGUCAAUGGUCUGAGUGACAAAAACUACCGCUCAAUCCUGUUGUGUUCACAUCUUGAGUAGUCAUAUGUGAUGGAGCAUUUCAUUUAUUCCAUCAUUCAUUCACAGGUAGCGGAAUCAUAGGAUGCCUGACGUACUCCAUAGUCCCCCACUACUUCAAGAAACGCCUUGGAGUUGCUAAUGCCAUAAUGUCUUCUGGGGUUUCAGCUGGACAGAUAAUAGGUCCACUACUCAUCACGCAGUUACAGAGUGAAUUUGCCCAUAAGGGAGCCAUCAUCAUACUAAGUGGCUUCAUUCUCCAUGGCUGCUUAGGAGCUGCUGUCUUUCACCCUAGAGAAUGGCAUUCGAAGAAUCCUAGAGUUGAACCGAAAAAGUUGGAUAGGGCAGGAGGCCUUCAGCUGGUUCUGAGGAUACUGAAAAACACGUUAAAAAACCUGACACUCAUGAAGUCUCCGGUGGCCGUCAUUGUCGCCGUUGGCGGGACGUUUAAUGUAAUCGGUUACCUCAACUUCCUGAACAUCAUGCCCUUCGCGAUGCAGGAGGCUGGAUUCUCAGUCGAAGACGCUGCUGCAGGUAUGACUAUCUCUGGCUUAACAAAUCUCGCUACAAGGCUCCUCGUCUCCGUCUUGGCUGAUCUCCCACAUUUCAACAUGCGGCUGGCCUACAUGUUUGGCACUCUGCUUACCGUUAUCCUCUCCGUUGUCUUCUGUUUCCUGAAUGACCUGACCUCGAUCCAAGUCGUGAUGGGCCUCUGGGGCUUAGGAGUCGGCAUCUACAUGGGGCUCUUCAACCUCGUCAUGGUGAAGUACGUUGGCAGGGAAAAGCUCAUGGCAGAAAUAGGACUUACGUCUUGCACCAGCAGCUUUUGGUUCCUUUCGUGUGGACCACUUGUCGGUGCCAUACGCGAUGUCAGUGGCAGCUAUACAGCCAGCAUUUGCACCUUGGCUGGAACGAUUUUCAUCACUUUCAUCUUGUACCUGUGCCUGCCUUCUGCUAUCGCAUACGACGAGAGAAGAGCCAAGAAAGAAACGAGCGAGAGAUUAGCUAAGAAUAUUCAGUAAAAAAGACAAUGAAUGUCAUCUCCCUAAUAUCCUCUCAAUCUGAACUGGAUCAAGCUUUCCUAUUUUCUUCCUCUUUGGACUAUGUAAGCGCUUUAGACAGUUCAUCUCAGGGGUUUCAACGGUACUGAUCAUUUUGUACUUCGCUUCGAGAUGCGAGACCCUUUUUAGUUAUUACCCUUUCGUUUCCCUCUUUCCUCAGACCAGAAUAUUUGGGAAGUCGACGAUAAAGAAAAUAUAGACCUAAGAAAUUUAACAUGCAGGUGGGAAAGACUUUCAUAACUUCGUAAAACAACACAAAGGAGCCGAAGGACUGUAAGUAGAGGAAUGCAUGAACAUCACGAGGUUAUUUGCAACAAUUGCCUUAAUAAAGAAGACAGGAUAAAAAAAUAAUCAACUUCCAGUAUUAUUUUUCUUACUUUCAUAAUUCAGGAUUCCAAAGCGAAAAUUUACUGAAAAUCAAGUAAGGAGAGAGAGAGAGAGAGAGAGAGAGAGAGAGAGAGAGAGAGAGAGAGAGAGAGAGAGAGAGAGAGAGAGAGAAAUUGUAUUCCAUUAAGACCCAACAAUAUAUACAGCGCUUUGAGAAGUCCGAGAUGAAGGAUUCGUAGAACACAACGAUAUAAGGAAAGCCCAGUCUCAAGAACCGCCCAAUGAUUUUAAAACGCCAAAUCGAGUUCCCCGUUGGCCGAGUGGACUUCGCGCUCGGCUACCAAUCUGGUGGUCCGAAGUUCGAUUCUCGGCUCGGCCAACGCGGAAUCAGAGGAAUUUAUUUCUGGUGAUAGAAAUUCAUUUCUCGAUGUAAUGUGGUUCGGAUCCCACAAUAAGCUGUAGGUCCCGUUGCUAGGUAACCAAUUGUUUCCUAGCCACGUAAAAAUAUCUAAUCCUUCGGGCCAGCCCUAGGAGAGCUGUUAAUCAGCUCAGUGGUCUGGUAAAACUAAGAUAUACUUAACUUAAAACUUCAAAUAAUUCGUUGUGACCUGACCUUCAAUACGCACAUAUUACAUCAUUGGAAAAACAUUAAUCAUACAAAAAAUAUAUAUAUACAAAUAUAUAUUAUGUUUUUAUUUCCAAAAUCCUGCACGCCAAGAGGUCUCUAUGGUUGUUGGCAUUGAUAUUAACAACUGGAGCGUGGUGAGGCUCACACCAACACCACAAAGACCAGUGAAGCCAAUCCUCUCUCUCUCUCUCUCUCUCUCUCUCUCUCUCUCUCUCUCUCUCUCUCUCGAUGAAAUUGCUUGCUUUC